CCACGAACCAUUCCCUGCCUUGUCCUCCGACCUCCACAUACCAACGAACUAGUCUAUAUACCAUCGACGUACAAUGAAUUUCUACCAAACACUAAAAACGUCCGCAAAAUGCGCUAUCUGCCUCGACGAACGACCAACCAAACAUGCCCGCCACUGUCGUGAGUGCGAUACCAACUGCUGCGUUGAAUGCUUCCGCGAGUACGUGACGCACAAGAUUGAGCACGGCGAUGUUGCGCCCCACCAGCUCGUGUGCCCCGGCCAUUGCCGGCGACCGAUCCCACGGCUCGUGCUUGUCGUCGUCCUGUCCACGAGUCUCUUCGAAAAAUACGACCGCCUCGUGCUUGCGUCCAAGCGGCGCCAGACCGGCUACUGGUAUUGCCCGCGGCCCGAGUGCGGCCAGGUGCUAUGCACCGCACACAGCAAAAACAGUCGCCGGCUCGACUGUGAGAGCUGUCGGCAGUCGUCGUGCCUCGACUGCGGCGGCGUGUACCAUGAGCGACCGAACUGCAACGUCGAGUUCAAGGCGUGGUGCGACGCGCACGACGCGCAGCGCUGCCCGCUGUGCACGAUGGUGAUUCAAAAGAUCGACGGUUGUCAUCGCAUGGAAUGUGCGUACUGCUACAAUGAGUUUUGCUGGCGCUGCGGCAUCACCAUGAGCGACCAUCGACUCGCGCUCUGCUGGCCGCGGAUGUGCAUACGCUCCGACCAUUGGCUCUAUGGCCCAGUCGCACCGGUUCGGUUCGUGACCAAAACUGUGUUUGGCACCGUGGUCGCUGGCGUCGGCCUUGUCGCCGGAGCAUUUAUUGUGGGCAUCGCCAUUAUCGUCGUGCCCAUCUUCGACGCCUAUCAUCGUGCGCGAUAUCGCCGUCCCCCGACCGCCCCCAACACUACGUCGGCGACACGCGUCGAGAGCGCUCCCACGAUCCCACUGGACGACGCGGAAAACAAUGUCAGCGGUGAUAGCGACCACCUCGUCACUCUGCCAGUCACUGCGCUAUGUGUCAUCUGCCUCGAAGACCGACCCGUUGAGCGUGCCCACCGCUGCCAACGCUGUGACACCAACUGCUGCAGCAACUGCUUUGGCUCGUACUUGAUUCACAAGAUUGCGGAUGGUGACGUCGCGCCGCACCAACUCGUGUGCCCCGGCCAGUGCCGGCAACCGAUUGCACGGGCCGUGCUCGCCCAGUUUGUGUCCCCAAGCUAUCUCCAAAAGUACAUUCAGUUCCUCACGUCGUACGAGCUCCGUCAGCGCGGCCAUCGAUACUGCCCGCGACCGCAGUGCGGCCAGCUGCUGCCGACGGCAACCUCCCACAAGAACAAGAAGAUGAACAAGCGCCGCGUCGACUGUCCGAGCUGCCAGCAGUCGUCGUGUCGCGACUGCGGCGACGCCUACCAUCGAUGGCCGCAGUGCGACCGACAGUAUCGCUCGUGGUGCCACUCGCACGCUGCGCAGCGCUGCCCACAGUGUUCGACGACCAUCGAGAAAGACGGCGGUUGCAGCCACAUGAAGUGCACGUAUUGCCACUACGAUUUUUGCUGGCGCUGCCGCAUCAAGUGGGCUGACCACAACCAUGCGCUGUGUCUGCCGGUCGCAUGCGUGCGCUCGACGCAUUGGGCCUUUGGCCCGAUCGCGCCUGUCCGGUUUGUGACCAAGACCGUCGCGGGUGUCCUUGGUGUCGGCGUUGCCGUUGCAGCGGGCGCCGUCGCGGUUGGCGUCGCCGUCGUGGUGCUGCCUUAA